GACAGAAUUGAGGCUAUUCGCGCAGUGACAGCAUACACGGUAGGCCAUGCAACGACAACAUAUACGACAAACUCAUUAUGUAAUACAGACAGAGUAUCGGACUGGGCACCUCGUAUACAAUAUCCAGCACUCAUCAAUACUCAAUACGCAAUAUACGCAAUACGCGUAUCAAGCUCGCCUCGGUCCAUACCUGCCAACCACAUGUUAUGAUCUUGACUUCACCUAUCCACCGCAGAACACUCGCUCGUAUGCACCAAAUCCCACAAUUGAUUCAUUUGAUAUUAGCUACUACUUAUUACUGCGCAGGUGCCACGGGAGAAAAGGACAAUUUAUGUUCCAUCUUUGAAAUACGCAAAAUGGAAAGUCGUCGUGUAUAUAUUGUUACCAUGAGUUGACAUCUAUUUGGAAAUUAAUCAUUGUACCCCUCCAUGCUACCCAUCUUUCCCUUGCAUACGUAUAUACAUUCAAUCGGCUACUCUCUUCCCUCUCUCCUUCCAUCUAAAAGCUGCAAGCUGUUUGCAGAUAACUCCCCAAUAUUCAAACGUUGCUGUGCAUACACAAAACGAGAUUUUUUUGACUUCAGUAGAGCGAGCGAGAAUACCAAGGAAAUACCUCGAUACAACACCUUUAUUGUCGCCUAAUCACACAUCGUCAAUACCCUCUUGAUCUUGGGAUAGAGGGGUAGAGAAGCCAA